AUGUGUAAAGUAUCAACGAAAGGAUUAGUAUCAUUCACGAGUAUUUUCGUACCGGAAAAAUCUCACAUGGAGACCCACCCAUUGUUGAAGAAAUACCCCCGCUCGCAUAGUGCCGAGAUAUGCAUCCUAGGAUGGAGAGGUGUGCCUCGACCUUGGUGGAAUUUAUCGUGGUCAACCACGCCACUUGGGAUAUUCAAAAAUUUUAUCAUGGCGGAGAUUGCUCUUCCUGAAAUAUGCAGAAUCUUUAUGAUAUUGGGCUGCCAUAUGACCAAGCUCUUUCAGCAUGAUGCCAUGUGGGCAUUCGUGUCUGCAAGGCUUUCACAAACAGAACAAUAUCAAAAUGCCGCACGAGCUGGUUCAAGCUAUACCAGAAAUGCACGCCCGUCAAUAUGCUCUCGGCAUACAUCGGAUUUUCUUAACUGCGAGUUCGCAUUCGGCUCGCACCCAAAGACCUUGUUAUUUGGCCAAGAAUCAAUGCGGCUUCUGCGAAGGCUAAAGGUGACGCCUCAUAUAUUGUGGCUUGAUAUUCGAAACACGGAAACAUUGUUGGCGAAUCGGCAUAUGGAAUCAAACUCCUUACUCAUGCGGCCAGAAAUUAUGCAACUCCAAAACUCUAUGCACGUGCCAGAAGAUGGUAAACCUCGAGAGGAAUACCCUUAUUUCUCUAGCGUCUGGGGUUUAUACUUUUUGGCAGCAGCACGAGCGAAAAACGAAAUAGACCGAACAGAAAUUACUUAA